AUGGCGACACCUGAAGUGAGGGAGGAAGAGCCGAUGGUCGGACCUGAACCAGCUCCACGUGUCAAACGCAAGCGUCCACUUCAGAUGGAGCAAGCUUAUCUUGAUUCGCUUCCUUGUGCUAAUAUGUACGAGAAAAGUUACAUGCACAGGGACGUGGUCACACAUGUCGCUAUCUCAUCUGCUGAUUUCUUCAUAACCGGAAGCAUCGAUGGCCACUUGAAAUUCUGGAAGAAAAAAGGUGUUGGCAUCGAAUUUGCUAAGAGUUUCCACUCCCAUCUUGGUCCAAUCCAAGGUCUAGCAGUUAGCCUCGAGGGUUUACUUUGCUGCACAAUCUCAAACGAUCAUGAUGUUAAGAUAUACGAUGUUGUCAACUACGACAUGAUGGCUAUGAUCCGUUUACCGUAUAUUCCUAGUGCUGUUGAGUGGACAGAGACUCCUCCUUUGUGCAUAUUUAUGAUCCUUUUUCUGGUUCUAAGCAACCCAUUGGUUCGAAACAGAUACAUUCUUAUCCAGCUCAAUGCUGUUUUUGAUGAGAGCUCUAAUUUUCUUAUAUACGCCACUCUUCUUGGAAUCAAAAUAGUAAAUCUACACACCAACACAGUUGCAAGGAUCCUUGGAAAAGUGGAGAGUAACGAAAGGUAUCUAAGAGUUGCAUUGUAUCAAGGAGGAGGCAAGAAAGUUAGAAAGAUUCCAGCAGCUGCAGCUAACGUUAAUGAAAGCAAGGAGCCUUUAACUGAUCCGACUAUCAUUUCCUGCGCCUUCAAAAAAGACAGGAUCUAUAUGUUUAGUCGGAGAGAGCCAGAAGAGCCUGAAGAUGUAAGCCAAGGAAGAGAUGUGUUCAAUGAGAAGCCUGCUUCUGAUGAACUUAUAAUGUCUGUCUCAGAUAUUGGAAACUCAGCCACAACAACUUCUCUUCCAGAAAACGUGAUCAUACACACUACAAUGGGUGAUAUGCACAUAAAGCUUUACUCAGAAGAAUGCCCCAAAACUGUAGAGAACUUCACAACACUUUGUCGAAAUGGGUAUUACCACAACCAACUUUUCCACCGAGUUAUCAAAGGAUUCAUGGUACAAACUGGAGAUCCUCUUGGGGAUGGUACUGGAGGACAUUCAAUUUGGGGAGGAAAAUUCGAGGAUGAGUUUCACAAAAGUUUACGGCAUGAUAGGCCGUUCACAGUAUCGAUGGCUAACGCUGGUCCAAACACAAAUGGGUCGCAGUUCUUUAUCACAACGGUGGAUACACCGUGGCUAGACAAUAAGCAUACAGUUUUUGGAAGAGUUGUGAAAGGGAUGGAUGUUGUACAGGGUAUAGAGAAAGUGAAGACAGACAAGAACGAGAGACCCUAUCAAGAUGUGAAGAUACUUAAUGUCUCUGUUCCUAAAUCUUAA